AUGCCGGACACAGUGUCCAUGACUUCUCAAGCGACUCCCGCAUCUCGAUCCGUCUUUCCCAAAGGCCCCAGCUUCACGUUGGAGGACUUCUCGAAUCGCGACUUCAUUGUCAAAGAAUUUAUCGAGACGCUUUCUGACACCGCGGCAUCGAAUCGCCGAUCCAUCGGUGGGCCUAGCAGCGCAAACCAAUUAUUUGACCCCAAGCCACUUAUCCGUACCUUCGAGCACGCCCAGCAACGGCUGGGCGAAUUAUCUGGCGACCUCGAGAUAAGAGAGAAUGAGCUAUCUGCUGCAGUACGCAGGGCGGAGGCGCAGCACUCGCAAAACCUUAAUACACUGGGAAGGAAGCUAAAACAGACGAUUGGGUCUUUCCAGCAGUUGGACACCUCGCUCAACGGUGCAGGGGCACAGAUCGCGGGCGCCGACCAUGCUGAGGCUACCGGGAACAUGGCCGUGGAAACGGGACGACGACUAGAAGAGCUUGAUAGGCAACGACGACGAGCACUGGAUGCAUACUUUUUACUCCAGUGCUGGGAAGGCGUCAGCAACAGGGGAGAAAUAACACUACUGGAGAACCUAAGAAGAUCUGGGACCGGCGAGGCCAAGGUGCGCUCAGCACAGAUUGCACGUCAAUUGCUGAGAAUAAGCCAACGACUUGAUCCCCACAGCUGGAAUGAAUCUGGAGGGAAAAACACCAAGUCGCAUGGGAAAGGAAGCGGGGAACAGAGUCCAACAGAAGGAAUUGACAGCGUUAGACGAAACACGAGAGAAGUCAUUGAAAAAUUCUCGGAGACCUUGGAAAAAGACCUUCUGAAACAGUUCGAUGACUUCUAUCGCAAGGCAAAUUUCGAAGGCAUGCGGGAUUGUGCGACUGUGCUGCAAGAUUUCAGUGGCGGUGCCAGCGUCAUCGCAUUAUUCGUCAACCAGCAUCAGUUUUUUAUUGACCGCAGCCAGCUUGUUACUGAAGAAGUGGCAGGUGAUCCCGAAUCCUGGGAAAAAUUGGCAGACCCUGACGCCGAACCUCUCAAAGUGGAACCCAGCCUCCAGUCAUUAGUGGAUGAGGUCAAAGUCGUAGUACAGGAAGAGUCUGCCAUUAUCAAGCGCGCUUUCCCUUACUACGAGCAGGUUCUCGGCAAGUUCCUACAACGGGUUUUCCAACAGUCUAUACAGCAGAGGCUCGAGAUGGUUUUGGAGCGGGCAAACGACAUUUCGCCUCUUGCCUUCUUGAGGUCCCUUCAAAGCUCUCGCAGCUAUAUCAGUGCCCUUGUCGACGAUUUAAAAUCCCAUGGUUUAACAGAAAACCCGGAUCCUAUCUCCGCUCAGACGGCGCUGGUUCUUGACCAACAACUAGAAGACCUGUUCGUGCCGUAUUUUGUUGGGUCCUCCUACAUCGAAAGGGAGAAAAAGACGCUGGAAGAGCUAUAUACAUCUCUACUCUUCAGAUUUACCACUUUCCACGCCCGUAGGAAAAAGGCAGCGACAACGUUCAUGGCUUCCCUCUCUAAGUCCGGAACAGAACUUCUGUCUUCCGCUCGAGACACUUAUAUUAACCGCCUUGAAACCUCUGAAUUCUCGCCAACGCAUAGGAAAAUGCUCCUUCAGGUGGCAGGACUAAGAGAGUCCGGCGAUGCCACGAAGCCCACUGAUGUCAAACUUGUUGAGGAUGACGGUCUUCCUAGCAUAGCCUACGCUAAACGCAUGCUCAAAUGGCUUGCUGAAGGAGUUGGCCGAGGGUUGGAGUUAAGUGUUACAAGUGAAACGCCCAAGGAUAUGCUUGCGUUGCUUAGUCUUCUUCUUUCCAUGAUGGGGGAAGGGUACAUCGAAGUUUGUCUCGACGCUGCCUUGGAAACUGCGACGUCCCAAGAAUCAGGGAAAGCGGAGCCCGAUUUCGUCUAUCUUUCUGCGGUUAGGAACGCCAUCGGAAUUGCGAAUCUGAUGAUCAUGUGUGUCAACACAUUACUUAUUCCUCUCGCGGCCGGAAGCAUCACCGUGCGUAGAGAAAUGGAGAAAAAGACAAACCUGAUAACAGUGCGCAUUGAGGACAAAGUCAAUACAAUCGAGCAGAAGACCAUCGAUGCAACAUUGACCUGGAUAAACAAACUCUUGUCCGGCCAAAAGAAAAACGACUUUCGACCAAAGGAAGGAGAUAAUGCUGCAUGGUUAGAAAAGCUGCAAACUCCGACCUGCGCCUCGAUCUGUAGCUUCUUAGCUCGAGUGCAUAGUGUCAUCGUGCAGUCACUGCCGUCUAGUGGCACUAACCUCCGCCAAUUGCUCACAGAGAUAGCCCUGGGAGUUCGCAGCUUGCUACUUGAGCAUUUCAAACGAUUUUCCGUCAACGGGCCGGGAGGUCUUCUGGUGACCAAGGAUAUGACACAGUACAACGACCUACUGAAGUCUUGGGACAUAGACGAGCAGCUCAAAGCUCCCAGUGGGGCACUGGAUGUAUUGCUAGAGGUGGGCAGUCUUUUCGUCGUCGGAUCUGAGGCCCUACGCGAGAAAGUCCGCGGUAGUGCUACGAGCGGGACCGGCGGCAGGUCUGGAGUGACUGGAAGCAGCAACGCCGGUCGAAGCGCCGGCGGAAGUCCCGAGGGUCUCGGCGUGCACGAGGUCCGAGCAUACGUCUCGCGCCGGGAGGAUUCCAACACGCCCGCCAUGCAGAACGUGCUCAACACGCUGUAG